ACGCACGUUACCUACCUCAUUCUACUGGCAUCGAUUUUCAUUUGCAUAACAACAUAACACAUCGUUCCGCUGUCAGCAGCUGAUUUUCCACUCGGUGCGCCGAAACUCUUCGAUUUUCCUUCAAAAACACACUGAUAAAACCCAUCCAACAUGCAGGGCAUGAGCUUGCAGUCGCUGAAGAAGCACAAGGCUUUGAUUCCAUUGUACGUCUGUACUGGUUUGGGAUGCUUCGGAGCUCUCUUCUACACGCUCCGUUUGGCUACCAGGAACCCUGAUGUUCAGUGGAACAGGACUGGUCAGAUCUCCAAUGAAGAGUAUGCCAACAACAAACAAUACAAAUUCUACUCCCCAAAUGUGGAUUACUCUAAGAUGAAGUCAGAGGCACCUAAAUUUUAAGCUGUCAGUGGAGUAUAGUAUGAAAUAGUUCAAUCUUAUUUAAUUCAAUGAUAAAUGUGAAAAAAUGCGUAAAAUCGAUGCAAAUGUAACAUCUUGACAUGUUUCUGUAAAUAAAAAAUGGUGAUAUUACCACAAA